AUGGGGAUUGUGGGGAGUAACCAGACUCGAGAAAUGAAUGAGGGGGUAGGAGAUAAAAACGUUACAGUGGCUACUUAUGACGGGCCUGGAAUGGUGGGCAAUGCUAAUGGUGGAGGAGGAAGGGGAUAUGUGUCGAGAGCCAGAAGCGGUGGGAACGGAAAUAAUGGGAAUGGGAAUGGAAAUGGAAAUGGGAAUGGGAAUGGGAGUGGGGGAAGAGGAGGGGGUAGAGGUGGAACAGGCGGUGGAGGCCAUGGAUUCAAUUCCGGAGGUGGUGGUUAUACAGGCGGAGGUGGUCGCGCUGCUGGUGGUGGUAAUAUGGGCGGAGGUGGUGGUAACAUAGGAGGAGGUGGUGGCUAUUCUGGUGGUAAUAUGGGAGGAGGUGGUAGCUAUUCUGGUGGUAAUAUGGGCGGAGGUGGUGGUGGCGCUGCUGGUGGUGGCUAUAUUGGCAGAGGUGGUGGGGCUGCUGGUGGUGGAAAUAUGGGCGGAGGUGGUGGCUUUGCAGGUGGUAAUAUGGGUGGAAAUGGUGGUUAUGAUGGUGGUAAUAUGGGUGGUGGUGGAGGUGGUUUUUCUGGUGGUAACAUGGGGGGAGGUGGUGGUUAUGUGGGAGGAGGUAGUGGUUCUUCCGGCGGUUAUGUGGGCGGAGGUGGUGGUCGUGGAAAAAGUGGAGGUACUUAUGGAUCCGGAUAUGGUGGUGGGGGCAAUGUAGGUGGAGGUGGAGGUUUCGUUUCAGGACCUGGAAACGGGGGCGCAUAUGGAAACGCAGGGAGUCCGUAUGGAGGUAACACAGGAGGAGGAGUUGUGGGUGGUGGAUAUGGGUCAAAAGGUGGUUUUAAUGGCGAUGGAGGUGGAUAUGGUUCUAGGACAGGUCCAGGCUCAGGAUAUGGUAAUUUUGGAGGAGCAGAUGGCGGCGGUUUUGAUGGUGGUGAUGGGGACAUGGGUUCGGAUGGUUUCGUAGGUGGAGGUCCUCAGAAGAAAACUACACAAAGGAAUUAG